CCUCUACGACUACCUACCGCAUACACACAACCACCCGUUCAAACACAUACGUCCCAAAAACACAACAGCAAACUUUGAUACAAUCACACAAUGACCUCCGUCGCCCAACGGCAAGCGCAGCCUGCGCAACCAUCCACCAGCCAAACCGCUGCCCCAACCCGAACCCAAACCGAGACCUCUUCUCCGGCCAUCUUGCGACUUCGCGGCGCACACUCGAACGGGCGAUCUGUACAAUGGCGUAGCGAUGUCGUUGACAACGAAGGUCUCGGCAGGAAAAAGUCCAAAGUCUGCUGCAUCUACCACCGACCAAAAGGCGUAGACGAGUCCAGUGACGAUUCUUCUUCUUCCUCCGACUCAUCAUCCUCUUCCGAUUCCGACUCGGACCCAGAACCUGAUCAAGAUAAACGAAUCACAUCUGGCGGUGGUAGUAGUGGCAGGGGCCACCGGCAUUCCCAUGAUCACGACCAUGAUCGCAGGGAGGGUGGUUGUAACCACGACCAUGGACGUGGGAGGAAACACGGCAAUAAAGGAAAAAAGACGGAAAGGAGGCCGAGCCCGAAUGCGUAUGAGAAAAUGCCCAAGUAUAAGCCGAAGGAUGGAGGGGCUGAGCCUUCGAAUUCAGAACCGCAAGGUCCUGGGGGAAGUAAAUGAUGCAGGGAACAACACGAACGUAUGUUUAAAAGUCGAAUUUCUUUUUGGGGGCAAUUGUUAGAUACCAUGGGAAGAAAAAAAAAAAAAAAUGAGCACGAAGGCUGGGUUUGUCUUGGUUUUGGCUUUCUGAAGCCAUAAUGAGCACGUGUAUGGGCUGCUUCUCGUUAGAUAUCAUUCUUCGCUAGGUGUCUUUGUUAUUCGACUUCACGAGUCAAAUAACAAUCGAUAUACAC